GGAGGCACCACAGCGAUGUGGGCUGGCCUCAGUCUGCUCCUCACUCUCUGCCUGCUCCACGGCGGGGCAGAGAGUGAGGGGGGUGGGCCUCGCUGUCUGUUGCCUCCAGCCUGGAAGAUAGGGGAUGUGGAGCCCAUGAAGGGGGCAAUGGGCCGGGUGACAGUGGUGGCUCUUCUACAGGCCAGCUGACUGUUCUGCUUGGUGCAGGCUUCCAGAAUGGAUGGCCUGCACCAGCAGCUGGAGAGUGAGGGUCUGAAGAAUGUGACUUACAUGGUUGUUAACCACCAGGGGGUGCAAGCACAGCGCCUGCACACCAUGAUGGCACAAAGACUCUCAGAGAACAUCACGCUCUAUAAACAGGAUGAGCAGCAGCCGGAUGUUUGGCAGACACUUAGGGGAGACAAAGAUGACUUCCUCAUUUAUGACAGGUGUGGUCGUCUCACCCAUCACAUCUCGCUUCCAUACUCCAUCAUUGGACAGGGCCAUAUUGAGGGUGCAAUCAGAGAUGCAUACUGCCAACGCACAUGUGGAGAGUGUGCGUAUGAGAGUGCUGAGAUCCCAGAGGAGUGCAAACAGAAAUCAGAUGCACAGCCUGGUACUUCAGCUGUAGACGACACUGGGCACGGUCACGGUCAUGAUCAUGGCCAUGGUCACCAUCAUGGACAUCACCAUGGUCAUGGCCAUCAUCACCAUGGGGCUGAUCAAGGUUUCCACCCCCGUGGCUUUGGCCAUGGACAUGAUCACAACCAUGGCCAACACCAGGGACACCAUGAUGCUGGCCAUGGUUCUGACAAUGUACAAACUCAAAGUCAGCACAAUAUUGGGGCACAGGGGCAUCAGCAAGAUAGUAGGAUGUCUCAAAUGCAGCAUCAUUUUGAUUUAGCCCAGAUACCACACGUGGUACACAUGCAGCAAAUGCCGCAUGAUGCCCACGGGGCCCCUGCCAGGCCUUGAACACCAGAGAAGGUGAGGUGAAAGUCAAAGCACAGCUGACAGUGGACAGCAGGCUCUGACAAUGAAGCCUCUCCCAAAGCCAGCUGAUGCUGACACUGACGCAGGCUGUUUGGCGAUGCAGGGAGUGAGCCGGUUGGUCUCUGACACUGUGAUGAGGCGCUGCCCGCCUCCUGACAGUGACACGGACUGAUAGGCGAUGCAGUCAAUAAUGUUAGGGAGACCUGACAAUGACGCUUGCCUCCUGCUGCCUGACAGCAGCCGCAGCCAACCCAAUGAGCCUGACCUCCAGGUGU